UCUCUAUAUAAAAAGCCUAAGAAAACCAAUAGAGAGCCUCUCCUCCUAAAACAAACACACACCAAACUCUCCUCCCCUUCAAGAUAACAAUGGCGACCCUAUCAACCAGCAGAGACGAAUCCGACUACGAAAGCAGCUCUUCAUCAAUAACCGUGCCGGAUUCCAGCCGGAGUUGGAUGAGCAACCUAAGUUUCGGAAGCCACCGCCGGAGUUCAGUCUCCGUCUGCUCAUCGGCUACCGAAUCAUCCAUGUCAAGUUCUCACAAACCCCAUAAGGCUAACCAAGCAGCAUGGGAAGCCAUGAGACGGCUCCGGAGCACCAAAGGCCGAGUCGGUCUCGACCAUUUCAGGCUUCUCCGCCGGCUGGGAAGCGGCGACUUAGGCAACGUGUACCUUUGCCAGAUUCGCAACCCGAUGGUCGGUCUGCCGCAGUGCUUUUACGCCAUGAAAGUGGUGGAUAGAGAAGCUCUUGCAAUAAGAAACAAGCUGCAGAGAGCUGACAUGGAGAAGGAGAUUCUCACCAUGCUUGAUCACCCUUUUCUGCCAACCCUCUAUGCCGAAUUCGAAGCCUCACACUACUCUUGCUUAGUUAUGGAGUUUUGCCCCGGCGGCGACUUGUAUGUGGCUCGACAACGCCAGCCGGGAAGACGUUUUAGCAUUUCAUCUGCUAAGUUUUACGCUGCUGAGACACUCUUAGCCCUAGAGUACCUCCACAUGAUGGGGAUCGUUUACAGAGACUUGAAGCCUGAAAACGUUCUUGUUAGAGAAGACGGACACAUCAUGCUUUCUGACUUCGAUCUCUCGCUCAAAUGCGACGUCGUUCCGAAGCUCCUCAGGCGAAAGUUCAACCCCUCAAAGGAAGGAGAUGAUGAUCAUGUAAAGAGCUCAACACCAUCUUGUGCUGCGCCCAUGCAGCCCGUCCUUUCAUGUUUCUCAUCCUCCAAGAAGAAAAAGAAAGUCACGACGAUAAUAGAACACGUUAACGGCGAAGUCGGCGGUGGCGGUGGUGGCGAAGAGCUCGAUCCGGAACUAGUAGCGGAACCAAUCAAUGCACGAUCCAAGUCCUUCGUCGGAACACAUGAAUACUUAGCUCCCGAAGUUAUCUCAGGGCAAGGACAUGGAAGCGCAGUGGACUGGUGGACUUUCGGUGUAUUUCUCUACGAAAUGCUGUACGGAAGAACACCAUUCAAGGGCGAAAACAACGAGAGAACGCUCAUCAACAUCCUGAAACAGCCAUUGACGUUUCCGAGAAUUGGGGUGAGUAGCAGCAGAGACUUGGAAGAGAUGGUGAAAGUUCAAGACCUCAUCAGCAAGCUUCUGGUGAAGAAUCCCAAAAAGAGAAUCGGCAGCUUAAAGGGUUCGGUGGAGAUCAAAAGGCAUGAGUUCUUUAAAGGUGUGAAUUGGGCUUUGAUUAGGUCCGUUAGGCCUCCUGAGGUGCCUAGAGAUUUCCAUAAGAUUACCAGAAGUACUUACUUUCCCAAGUUGAGUAAGAAAGAGAGAGAUGAACCGUUUCAGAUUCCACACCAUGUUGACUAUUUCUAAUUAACCCUUUGAUAUAUCAUCCAUCAUCAUGAGGAAAAUUUUUAUAAUGUAAAUAGGUAAGAACAGAAGCAAAAAAUUUAUCAUGUAUGAAAAACCCAAAAAAAAAAAAAAAAUUAAGUGUUUUUUCCAUCUGUUUUUUCCUACAAUAUGAGAAAAUUUUGAUUGGAUACAAUAUUUCUUAUAAUUAUACCAAGUCAUGCAUACUGUGUUGUGAAUUAACGUUUACUUAGAUUAUAAUCCAAUACUGUUACCAUUUUAGCCGUUUACUUGUAUGCU